AUGGACACGUCGACCAUUCUCAACUCGAUAACCUGGCAAAACACCCUCCUCUUCGCAGGAGGGGCUUACAUCCUCCUCAAUCUGAAAGGCCUCCCUUUCGUCUGGCAUAUUCGCCUCCUCAACUGCCUAAAAGAACACAUCAUCCUCAACCGCGCCCGCAAAGUGGAUAUAACCACCCAUGGCCCCCAAUCCCUCUUCUACCCAGUCAUUACGACAUCAUCCACCCCGCUCCUAGAGAUUGACUACAAUAUGCACAAGUCCAACGCAACCUAUUUUACCGACCUAGACAUCAACCGUGUGCAUUUGAUCUCUAGUUUAUUCAAGGACCAGCUCGCGCUAGGCUUUUCGGGUGGGGAGCUUAAUAUUGCUCUUGGAUCCACGGCAUGUGUCUUUAAAAGGGAGAUAAAGCCCUAUCAGACGUAUGAGAUCCAUACGAGAGUGUUGAGCUGGGAUGAGAAAUGGGUAUAUUUUGUUAGUCAUUUCGUCAAGACUGGCGGGAAGAAAGACAAAGGGGAGGUAGUGUUUGGCGGCAGUUCGACGGGUGUGAAGGAUGAGAAGAGUAUCUUGGCAUCUGCUGUCACGAGAUAUGUUUUCAAGAAGGGGAGGAUAUCAGUUAGUCCGGAGACGGUGCUCUCGCGGGCUGGCUUGUUGCCGGAGAAGGGGGUUAAGAUGAAGGAUGGGUUUUGGUCAUGGGAGAGGGUUGAGGAGGAGAGGAAGAAAGGGUUGGAUGUGGCGAGGUCGUUCCUUGCGUUGGAUGGGUUGCAUGCAAUGUUUAGGGGCGACGGGAAGGCCAUUGGGGUGUUUUGA